AUGCCACGCAAAUUCAAACAAGUUGACGUAUUCACCAAGGUGGCUUUCAAGGGCAACGCUGUUGCUGUGUUCUUCGAUGCAGACGACCUUAAUGAUGAUCAAAUGCAACAAAUUGCGACCUGGACAAAUUUAUCAGAGGCAACGUUCGUUCUCAAGCCAACGACUGAGAAGGCGGACUAUCAACUUCGUAUUUUCACUCCAGCGCAAGAAUUACCGUUUGCAGGACAUCCAACAGUAGGCUCUGCUUUCGCACUCCUUGAAAGCGGCUUAGUUAAACCCAAUUCUAGUGGUCAGCUUAUUCAAGAAUGUAAGGCAGGAUUGAUACCUAUUGAUGUGGGAAACGAUUAUCUGAUCAAGUUUAGAUUGCCAAAGCCUGUCAUUGUAGACUUUGCUAAAGAUUCGGAAAUUACAUCUGAUACAGCUGAUGCCUUGGGUAUAACUGUAGAAGAUAUUGUAGAAGAACAGGCAUCUGUUUUGGUAGGUCCUAAUUGGUUGGUCACUAAGUUGAAGGAUUCAGAUUCAAUUUUAAAUUUGGAACCAAAUUACUCCAAAGUUACUGCAUUGCUGUUAAAAUACGGCGUUGAUGGAAUUCAAACUUUUGGAGAAUAUCCAAAUGUAGGUGAUAAAAUAGAAUCUAGAACUUUUGCUCCAACUACUGGUACAAACGAAGACUUCGCUUGUGGAAGUGGUGCAGGUUCCAUUGGUGUUUUUAUUAAUAAAACAUCAAAAAGUAAGUUUACAUCGGCUCAAGUAAAGAAUAUCGAGCAAGGAAGGAAAUGUCAAAGAGAUGCGCGUAUACAAGUUACUAUUUCUGGGGACGACGUCUUUGUUGGAGGAUUCGCCGUUAGUGUAAUUGAUGGAGAAUGCAUUCUUUGA